ACUAUGUCUACAUGUAUAUGCUUCACUUGUAGAGUCAAUUUUCUUGUUCAACAGGUGACCUAGAGGAGGGAUCACAUGAUUUAUAGGCAUUUACAGUAAACUAGUCAAAAGAAAACAGAAAGCAGUCGUAUGCUAUACAAAGGGAUCAGAUACAGCGUUGUUUGCUCUGAGUCUGGCUGGAUAAGGUGUGGCACAGACCUGCGCCUUGCAGGUGCGCAGCGCUGGUGAGCAGCGUACACACCCGACACCGUCCGCUCUUACAGCUAGAGGAGGAAUCCUCCGCAUACUGCGGGAGACUUGGAGGAAGAUGAAUUGGGGCUUUUUGGAAAACGUUCUCAGUGGGGUGAACAAGUACUCUACCGUGAUCGGACGCAUUUGGCUCUCUGUGGUCUUUCUCUUCAGGAUCUUGGUGUAUGUGGCAGCAGCCGAGCAAGUGUGGAAGGAUGAGCAGAAGGAUUUUGUAUGCAACACCCAGCAGCCUGGCUGUGAGAACGCUUGCUUUGACCACUUCUUCCCCAUCUCACAGGUGCGUCUCUGGGCUCUGCAGCUCAUCAUGGUGUCUACUCCAUCCUUGUUGGUUGCCCUGCAUGUGGCCUACAGGGAGCACCGGGAGGCCAAACACAAGCGGAAACUGUACAAGGACAAAGGGAGCAUUGAUGGAGGUCUGUUCUGCACCUACACAGUGAGCCUGUUCUUCAAGAUAGCCUUCGAGGUGGGCUUCCUACUCACUUUCUACUUCUUGUAUAAUGGCUUUGAGGUGCCCAUACUGCACCGCUGCAGUGAGAGUCCCUGUCCUAACACGGUCGACUGUUACAUUAGCAGAGCCAAAGAGAAGAAGAUCUUCCUCUACAUCAUGGGCUGCACCUCUAUUCUGUGUAUUGCUCUGAAUUUUGUGGAGCUCAUGUACAUUGUAUGGAAGAGGUUGUGGAAAUGUUUCACCAAGUUGUAUGUCCCCAUGGAGGAGAAGGCUUCCAGCCACAGCCGACGUGUUUCCAUUGUCAACACAUACGUCUCUACAGAGCCCACAGUAAACACAGAGGACAGCAAUGUACAACCUGCAUCCACUGCUGAAAACCAGCCUGUCUGGUCUCAGAGGGCUGCGAAUAACUGAAACAGUGAAAUUGAAACAGAUUUUAGGAUACAGUUAGUUGUAAACUGAGAGAUACAGCAUUUAUUUGUGUGAGCAUACUGACACAUUAAUGACACUAAGUAGGGUUUUAACACUAUUACAGCCUCAUAUGCCCUCCUCUAUGCACUUAUGUUAUGACACUCUGACUUGUCUAACUCCUGACAGUAUAAAUUUUCCAGUUAAGGAUUCGGUUCUGCUGGAAACAUGAAUUUCACAUAGCUCCAGUACAUAUAUAAAAACACAUCUAUGGGUACAUCCCAAUUCUCUUAACUGAUCAUUCUUUGCUCCUCAAUCCUCACUUGACCCAGAAGUCAUUUCGGUAUGACAUCUUGACAACCGUCCCAAAGCUCUUAUUCCUGCAGCGAGGGGGCUGCCUGGAGGAGCCGUGAGCAGGGUUGCACCAUCCUUUGUCUUUUUAACUAACACACCCCUUUCUCAGAAAUCAGUUGGUGACUGGACACCUGAAGUAGGACUGGUGGACAGGACAUCUCAUGACUCUGACACCCUGCUUAGACGUGGUUUUAAAAUGUGUCCUUAGUCAUUGGUUCACAAGUGGACAGCACUAAAUACAAGUGUGAAUGAGCACCAAGACAGAUUGUGGUCAAAUCACUGAAACCACUUGCCAAGGUGUUCUGGCACACAUUUGACCACAAUCUUUUGUAGUAUAAAUGUUAGUGCGUCCUGAUGCAUCUCCGACAAGGCCAUUUGAGGAAAAUAAAAAUGGCAUUUGUGAAAUCAUGUUUAUAUUUCUGGAUUAUCAUUACUGAUGAAUUGUGUAUUUUGUGGAUGAGGGUGUAGGUAGUCUUUAAUA